GCGGUGGCGGAGGCGGCGCGGGCCCCUCCCGGCCGGAGGGUGGCGCGGCGGGGCCGCGGCGGCGGCAGUGAUUGCCGGGGCAUGCCGCCGCCGCCGCCGGGAGGAGGGGCUCGGGUAGCGGCGGCUCCGCCGCAGCAGCAGCAAGCAGCAGCGGGAAGAGCGGCGGCGCGAGGCGAUGGGGCAGGAGCGGUGAUGGCGGAACCGGCGGAGCUGCGGCAGGAGUCGGUGGUGGGGUUCCUGGCGGCCCGGGGCGGGCGGGCGCGCAACGCGGAGCUGCUGGAGCAUUUCCGGGACUGGCUCAGCCCCUCGGAGCCCGGCCGCCGCGCCGCCGCCCGGCACCGCUUCAAGGAGCUGGUCAACGCCGUGGCCACCGUGCGCCAGGAGCCCGGCACCGGCGUCAAGUACGUGCACCUCCGCCGCCGGUACUGCGCCCCGGAGACCCCCGCCGCCGCCCUGAGCCCCGGGGAGGAGGCGGCGGCGGCGGCGGUGGGGGACAGCGCGGAGCGGCCGAGCCCGCCGCCCUCCCCGCGGGCGGGCGCUGAGGAGGCGCCGCCGCCACCGCCGUCGGCGGGCGAGGAUGCCGGCGGCAGUCGCCCUCAGCCCGCGGCGCAGCGGGGCGAGCCGCCCCGGCCGAGCGCGGCGGCGGGCGGAGGCCAGCGAAAAAGCUCCCGGCGUGGGCCGCCGCCCGGGCGCGGCGGAGGAGGCGGCGGCGGCGGCGGCGAGGAGGCUGCGGUAGCGGCGGGCCCGGGGCGGCCUCCCCCUCCGCCGGUGGAGGAGGUGGGGGCGGCGGAGGUCGCCCCCGGGGCGGCGGCGGGGAGCGGCCGCAGGGGCCUGCGGGAGGCGGCGCGGGGCGGCUCGCCCCAGCUGAAGCGCGGAGCCCUGCCCGGGGGGGGCCGCGGCCGCGGCGGCGACUCGGACAGCGCCUCGGUGGCCUCGUCGUCCGCCGAGGAGGAGGGGAGCACCACCGGCGCCGUGGCCCUGGACCCCUUGGAGCACGCCUGGAUGCUGUCGGCCUCGGACGGUCGGUGGGAGAGCCUGGAGGGGCUGCUGAGCUGCGAGCCGGCGCUGCUCUGCAAGCGGGACUUCAUCACUGGCUUCACGGUGUUGCACUGGGCCGCCAAGCACGGGCGGCAGGAGCUGCUGGCCACACUGGUCAACUUCGCCCAGCGGCACCAGCUGCCCGUGGACAUCAACGCUCGCACCAGCGGCGGGCACACCGCACUGCACAUCGCCGCCAUGCACGGCCACGCCGAAGUGGUGAAGCUGCUGGUAGGAGCCUACGACGCCGACGUGGACAUCCGUGACUACAGCGGGCGCAAGGCUGCGCAGUACCUGCACCAGGGCACCUCAGGGGACAUGCGGAGCCUCGUGGGGGCCCUGGAGGAGGAGGAGGAGGAAGGGGCUGCCGGCAAUGGGAGCGGGCGCUGGAGGCUCUCCAAGGUGUUGCCUUCCAACCUCAUGAGCUACCGUCUCUCCCACCACCACCACCACCAUCACAGCACUGGGGAGGAAGCUGAGGGCACCGAAGGGGCAGCAGUGCCAGGCAAGGGCAAGGAGAUGACCAGGAAAGGCUCCGGCAGCGGGCGGAUGAAGCCUCGGCUUAAUAAGAUCCGCUUCAGGACUCAGAUCAUCCACAACACACCCUCCUUUCGCGGUGACACUGAGGAAGAAGAGCAUGAGGAGAAAUCCCUGAAAGCGUCGUUCAAGCUCAGGCCAAAGUCCAAUGUCUUUGGAUAAGGCCACGGAGCAGGAGGUCUGGGAGGUGGGUGCAUGGACCAAAGUGCCCUAGGGUGUAGCGCAAAAGGUGAGGCAGGUAUGAGUGGGUGCUCAUCUACACUCACGUAGUCCGGGGAGAUGUGUCCUGAGUAUCUUGCUUUAACUCAGUUUGGUGGGGCCAGUGAGCCCAGUGAGUCAACAGGGCUCUGGUGGCUUACAACUCCCAAGAGCAGCUCCUUCGGCUGGGCCCUCAGUGCUGAAAUCAGAGGCAGCGGGUGUGUUGAGAAACGCUGGGGUGUUUAAAAGCUGUGCUCCUUUCUCUCCAAAGGCAGGCUUCCGGAUGGGAAACCUGUGUUAGGGAAUCUGCUUGGAUUAGCGUGUUGAGUGGGGGAAAGAAAAGUACAAAUCCUGUACUCAGCUGGUACUAUAAACUACUUAGAAACAACUUGCUAUGUAAGAAGAACACCUCAGUAAUAUGCAAAUAUACUUUAAGUUUCUCUUUAACAGCAAUACCACCUGGCACAGAGUGGAGUUGGGUACUCAAAAUGAGAUGGUAGAUAACGGUUUCCUGUCAGAAUCCAAGCUUCAAUCCAGCAAAGACUUGAGCCUAUGUUGACUUUAUUAAUUGAAAAUUGCCUGAUUUGACAUCAUGAAUAUAUUAAAAAAAAAAAAAAUCCAUUGCACUGCAAAUAAUGAAUGAAGUUGACCAUGUGCAGAAGUCUCUGCUGUCUGAGGUACUACUGAGCUUGCUUAUUGCUGUUGGAAUACUAAUACAAGGUAAUGGAAGCAAAGAAUCUUUUUAUAUAUUUGGUAUCUUCUGUUUUGUCUUAGGCAAAGCAAUUUUAUUUUAAUCACUGUGAAUUCUCAAGUGCCAGACAUAGCGCAGUUCCAGUUAUGAAGUCUGGUCAAUUCUUGUUAAUGUUGUUUGUGUAACUCACUGCAUUUAAAAUCAGAAAAUUGUGUUGUAUGUGCUACCUGUGAAAGUCGUUCUCUUUUAGAAAAGAGCACAGACACCAUUGCAUGAAAUCUUCAAGACACUCUAAUAUGGCCCUGUAAUACGUAAUAGCCACAGGUCUGUGUUCACUAGCAACUUGUGUGCCAAUCCCUUCAACUGACUUUGUGCAGAAAUGGAAAAAAAAAAAAGUAGGGAAAGAAAAAAGGGAGGAGGUGCGAAUUCACACACAAGGUGAAUAACCAGAACUCUGAAACUCUGUCCCUGUUUAUCAUCCUGAGUGAAAGCAGUAUAAUGACAUAGUCUAGUAGUCUAGUUAAGUGAUGGCAAUGGUGUUUGAGUUCUUUUAAACCUGUAUUUCUAGAGAAGUGGUAACCAAGGCUUUGAACUGUUGUUUAACAACCUAGUGAGUCUUAAUCUGAUUGAUGAGCCUAUCCGUCUGCUAAAGCUUUCAGAAACCUUGAAUCUUGUUUCUCUGCUUUAAAGGUAGCAGUUCCAGUGAAAUAUAGGAGGCAGAUUUGUAUCCAGACUCGGCUUUCCUUAAGAAUGAGGUAUUGAGCUGACCCUGGAUCCUGAAUGCUGCUCAAGGUAGAAGCUCAUCUGUGCUUAGAUGUUAAGGUACGACCAGUUUCAAUGCAACAUUUGUCGAAGCGUGUUUCAAGUUGGCUUCCUCAGAAUGUACAUGCACCUCUGGCUGGUAAUUAACCAAAAGUAGAUAGGCUUUGACAUGUUAAAAUCCAAAUUCAAGACACUGAUUAAAUGCAUACCACGAGCUCUAGAACACCUCGCAGGGAAACUGCUGCUGGGAGUUGUGCACUUUCAAGGGAACAGCUGCCUGUAGCUGUUGCUGGCGGCUUACAUUUCUUGUAGCGACAGGGGAAGGGAGUGCCAACGAUUCAUUGGAUUCAUUGAGUUCACAAUUUCUGCACUUUGUGUCAAAACCUAAUAAAUGACAGUAUUUGCAUAGGCAUGUAAGCAACACUUAACUAUUCCUGGGAAAAGUUACAUAAAAAAAAUUGAAUCUCUGCAUAGAUGCUGGUCAUUACUUUUGUGCAAAAAGACUAGAAAUUGUACAGAGGUUCAGCUUUAGAUUAUAAUUUAUAAGCUAUAUUAUUAUAGAUUUCAUGUGCCUUCAUUUUGGGUUGGUUGCCACAAAUGUGAUGGGUAAUAUCGGUCUUGCAAAGCACUUUGGCUUUACGUCUGUGGGACAGGACCAGAAAUUUUCCCUCAGCCCUUCAACAAAAGGGACGGGGGGGGGAAUAUCAUACGAAUUAUACUGUAGACCUAAUUCUUUUGUAACAGAGAAGAGGAUUAAAUGCGUAAGUCUUAAACUUCCUUCACUCUGGAAGAUAAAUAGCUUUUUAGACUUCUGUAGAAAGGAAGUUUUCUGACUGAUCACUUGCAAUGUGAGCCCUCUUCAGCAUGGCCACUGCUGAAUUGAGCACAUAUUCCAUGCAACUACCUAUGUCCAAACCUUACUGAAGUAACUUUCUGCUUUGAGAGUUUAUAGUUCUUUCAUAGGAGCUGUUGAGUGAAGUGUUUGUCUCUUCAUAUGCAAAUAGCAAAGAAUUGCACAAAAAUACUGAGUCUUAGAUAGCUGUCAGGGUCUGGGGAAAAAAAAUUGAGGGUUUCAGUGCUUUGGGAUUUGAAAUAUAGCACACUUUGGAUUUUAAAAGACUAACUGGAACAUAGUUUUGUCUUGCGUAAUACAGUAGACCUUUGGCAAUUACUAAGGGAACUUGAAAAAAUGGUAAAAAGAUGCCUCACUUACAACUCAUUAUUUGAAGUAUCGAAGUGAAACUUUGCUCCUCUUAUACUGUUUAGCUGUCAAUUAAUGCAAUUUCACCAUAACAGCCCAAAGGUCUUUGCAAGAUGGGGUGCAACAGAGCAAACAUCUCUGUUGGUGUUUGAGGUAUGUUGACAAAUGGCUAGAUAACCACUAGUGUCUCUCUGCGCUAUGGGACGAAAGCACUUUGAUUUCACAUUAUGACUUGUCACAUUCCACGUGGUUACUUUUUAUAACAUGAGCUAAAACUUAAGUUUUGUUUGGAGGUAGGAAAGGCUUGAUGCCCUGUUUCAGAAUAUUUACAGUCUAACGGUACUCUUGAGUCAAAUAUUUUGGAUACAUUGCCUAGAAAGAUGUGAAUUUGAAAUAAAGUUGUAUGGUACAGAAAACUGGAGCACUUAGUGGUGUCUUUAAUGGUAUGCUUGAAGUUACUGAAUGUGUGUUCACUUUUUAUGAUGGUGUGUAAGGCAGCAAGACUGUAAUGUAAACAUUUGAUAUCUUUUAUUGUAUCCUAUGUUUGAAAUAUUUUAGAGGCCUGGAAGCCUGUCAGGUUUUAUUAAUACAACUUUUUAUGGGUGUCUUUCUGAAUGGUUAUGAGUUAAGAAUCUGUAAGCUUCAGUUUUACUGAAAUAAAAAGAGCCCAUGAAUUGUUUAUGCUUGAAUUCACUUCUGUAUGGUACAUGCUUAGGUGCUGCUUGCAUAUUGGCU